AUGGCGACGGAGAAGCAGUGGGGAGUGACGCAGCCCUUCUCAAACGAUGCGCCGACUCCGGCCGACCUGAAGCUCAACGACUCCCUCAUUGCGGAGCUGAAAGCGCAGGACAACUUCCCGCCGUCAAGCGACACGGAAAGGCGAGAUGCGGUCAUCGCGAAGCUGAAGGGACUGCUGAGGCAGAUGGUGCAGAUCGUGGGCAAGAAGAAGGGGCUACCAGCGGGCAUUCUGGAGACGGCAGGCGGCGAGGUGUACACUUAUGGCAGCUUUCGGCUUGGCGUCUACGGUCCCAACUCCGAUGUGGACACGCUCAUGGUUGCGCCGAAGCACGUUACUCGGGAGGAGUUCUUUGAGUACAUGCCGGACCUGCUGAGGAAGUCUGCCGCACCAGGCGAGAUCACGGAACUGGUCCCAGUGCCGGGUAUUGGUACACCCAUCAUUAAGCUCAAGAUACAAGGCGUCGACAUCGAUCUCAUCUUCUGCAGUUUGCAGGUCCAGUCUGUACCGGACAAGAUGGAUUUGGCAGACGACAAUCUGCUGCGCGGUCUGGAUGACACGGAUGUGCGAUGCGUGAACGGUACGCGAGUGACGAACCGUAUCCUGCAGCUGGUGCCGCAGACCAAGACUUUCCGGUACGCACUCCGCGCGAUCAAGCUUUGGGCGCAGCGGCGAGCUAUCUAUGGCAACAUCGUUGGUUAUCCGGGCGGCGUGGCUUGGGCGAUUCUGGUGGCCAGAGUCUGCCAGUUGUAUCCGAAAGCCGUGGCGCCGCUUAUUGUGCAGAGGUUCUUCUUCAUUGUCAAACGAUGGAAUUGGCCGAAGCCGGUCUUCUUGCAGCAUAAGGUGGAGUCCUCAUUGGUGAUACGCGAGUGGGAUCCGAACACUUCACGGCACGAUGCAGGGCACUUGAUGCCCAUUCUCACACCAGCCGUACCGUCCACCAAUACCGCACACACGGUCGGGCCGUCAACGAAAAUGGUCAUGAUGCGCGAGCUCGAACGAGGCGAGCAGAUCAUAGCAGACAUCUACAGCAAAAGCAAGCCAUGGAAGGCUCUCUUCGAGAGACACAACUUCUUCACCACAGCGUACAAGCAUUACAUAUGCGUGGUCACGGCGUCAAAGUCGAAAGACGCUCAAGAUGCUUGGGCAGGGCUAGUGCAGUCUAAGAUUAAGUGGUUAGUUCAAGGUAUCGAGAGCUCGGACGCUAACAGCAUUGAGCUUGUGCAGCCCUUCAACAAGGGUUUCGAACGGGUGCAUGACUGCCAAGGCGAGGAAGAACUGCAAAAGACGCUAGAGGGCAGUCUUGAGUUCCAGGUCAAGGGCGUUAAGACCGAGACCACGGAUCAACUCACGGGUAUCAAGACGCAGCUGGUGGCCCAGAGUGACACGGAUGGAGUCGAGCCACAUGCACCCAAUGGAGAUGCUUCAAAACAAGAAGGCACACCAGGACAAUCCCAGAAGGUUUACACCACAACCUACUACCUCGGCAUUGGCCUCGUGAAGGGCGCGACCAAUCUUGAUAUCUCCGCGCCCGUCAAGAACUUCACCGCUACGUGUACGAGCUGGGACAACUUCGACGAGGCUAUAAACUCCAUCCGCAUCAAGCAUAUGCGGAACUACGACUUACCCGCAGAUGUCUUUGUGGAGGGGGAGACGAGGCCGAGUCGGCCGGCCAGUAAGAGGGCGCCUAAGCGGAAGCUCGAAGAGGCCGGCUCGGGAGUUGCGCAGCAGGAGCAAGGAAAAAAGCUGAGGAAGGACGGCAAGAUGCCGAACGGGGAUGCUGGAUGA